UAGCCAUCUUAAACAACUUUCCCAACAAAAGAAAAAAGAUACUCUCUAGCCAUGGCAGAGGGCAUUUCAUUCUUCAGUCCAUCCAUUGAUGAGGGGAGAUGGUUCGGGCAAGGAACCAGAGCCUUAAAGUCAGACCACACCAUAGAAGUUGAUUUCACCCCAACAAUCUUUCAAGUCCCCAAAUGGUUAAAAGAAACCAAGCCCGAAGCCUACACGCCGAGCCUGCUCGGCCUGGGCCCGUACCACCAUCUCCGUCCGGAACUACACAGCACACACACGCCAAAGCUUGCCCUGAUAAAAAAGUAUCAGGACAGAGUCAGAGAAUCUAGCCCGGACUACCUUUUCUUCUCCGAACCCUUCAUAAAAAAGAUGGCGAGUUUGGAGGCAUUGGUCCGGGCAAGUUACGACAAGUACUUGGACAUCGAGGGCCUUACUGUGGUGUACAGCAUCUCCGUCGACUCCUUCUACUUGCUCGACUUUCUCGGUGCCUACGGCCCGAGAACAGAAUCCACUGUUCUCGAGCAGCCAGGGCGCCGAGAACUGGUCGAGGACGUAUUGAAGCUAGAGAACCAAAUUCCUAAUUUUGCCCUUCUAGAGGUCUGGAAUCAGAUAUCUCUCUCCAAACCUCAAGGAGAUACCGAUGAAGCCAUGCUGCAUUCCCAGCUAUUUUACUACUUCUGCAAAGCCCAUUCUCCGCUCAGGCUGGCGGCACUCCGGAAAGACCGCCGCCAGAAGAGCGGGCACUUGUUAGCUCAUAUGUAUUACCUCAUCGUGAACAACCGCGGGUUUGAAGAAGUAGAGAUACCCUCGCAAGCAAAAAGAUCAAAAAUCGGAGAGACUGGGAUAGAGAUUUUGAAGGCUUUGAGUGAGCUGGGACUUGGAGGCGCCCUGAUCAAGCCACUUCUCUUUGCUUUCACGGCUGUGGAAGUUUUGGAGAACAGCAUGUUAACCAAGGAGAUUAUUAGUAAUAAUAAGGAGCCUAAAGAGCAAGAAGCAAAAAGACCAAAGAUUCAUGAGAUUCCUGCAGCGUCGGAGCUGUCCAAGAAACACAAAAUGGGUUUCAUGUUGCUGGAGAAACAAGGGAUUAAGGAUAUCAAGCUCGAAUCAUUGGAGUCCAUACCCAUGCUUCAUCUCCCGGAGAUCACUCUUGAACAAGACUCAGAAGUCGUGUUGAGAAACUUGAUUGCAUAUGAAGCUGCCAUUGCCGCCACCACCACCCCAGAGUCCACCAUAGAACUUGCCGAGUACAUUGAUUUGAUGGGUGACCUAUUGCAGACCCCACAAGACGUGGCACUUCUGCGAGAAAAGGGAAUUGUGAAAGGAAGCUUGAACGACGAACAGGUCGUUGGGAUCUUUGCUGAGAUCAGGAAACCCCAGACUCUGGGGAAGUUGAAGGAGGAGUGUGCAAGCCAGAAGGUGGGGAGACUAUUGAAGGAGUUAGAGAAGAAGAACGAGACGAAGUGGACGAAACUACAUAGAUCUUUAAAGAAGAGAGUCAAGGAGGGGGUUGAGGUUGUGAGGAAGCCUUGUGUCAUGGCUCUCAAGUAUGUGCUGUAUAUACUUUUGGUGGUGUUGGUGGUGCUGCAGCUAAUGCAGGCUUAUUGCCAAGUCAACGGAUGCAACAAAGGGGGAUCUAAAUCCAACUAACCACUCCAAAGUCCAAACGUUUGAGUUAAUUUUUUUAUUCAUUUUAUGACAAAGCUUGACAUUUAUGUAUUUUCCGACCCUACUUUUUGUGAUGUUUUACUAGGUGUGUUGUUGUUGCUGCAUUAAGAAUUUAUGAUGAUUUUAUUGGUAUAUGAUUAAAAUAAUGAAAAAUGCAUGCAAAU